UGCGGUGUGGAUGCACAUCCCGAUCACGCUAAGCUGGCUGAUAACCUGCGCGGCCUCAGAAGGAUUCACAUUUCAUCAUGCGGAAAGUGACACAUCCACAUUGACCCUCUGGUUAAAGGACGGGCCAAGCAAGCUGCCUGGGUAUGCCACACACCAAGUGGGGGGUCGCAGGUGCUGUUUUGGAUGAAGCUUCUGGGAAAGUAUUGGUUGUACAGGACAGAAAUAAGACUCUAAAUGCAUGGAAAUUCCCAGGAGGAUUGUCGGACCCCGGUGAAGACAUCGGAGCUACUGCCGUACGGGAAGUCCUUGAAGAGACUGGCAUUAAGUCAGAGUUUCAGUCCCUCUUGAGCAUUAGGCAGCAGCAUAACCACCCUGGUGCCUUUGGGAAGUCCGACAUGUAUAUCAUAUGCCGUCUGAAGCCACUGUCCUACAACAUUCAUUUCUGCCCCCAGGAAUGCUUGAGGUGUGAAUGGAUGGACCUUAAAGAACUUGCAUACACUAGCCAGACCACCCCCGUCACCAGCAGGAUCGCUAAGCUGCUACUUUAUGGAUACGAGGAGGGCUUUCACAACAUUGACCUUACUAGGAGGACCUUUCCAGCGGUUUACUCUGGACUCUCUUACUCCCUGUACCACAAAGAAUUGCCAGCUACCUAUGAAACUCCGAAAUGACCGCUGACAAGUUUCACAUUA